GCUUGGCAUGUCGAACAAGUGAAUCCGAGCCUGGAUGAAUUAUGUCGAACUGCAGGUCAUCGCCUGUCCUGCGGCCGUCUUGGUUUAGGGAUCCUUGCUCGGACCCAGCAACCGAAGAGGGGCUGGCUAGUUCAGCAAGCCAGGUUCUCAAACUAUUUAACAUCGCUUCAUCGCCAAUUAGUGGCGAUCAAAUCCACAGAGUAAACUGUCAUCAAUUCUAAUCAUGUUGAACCUCACGAAUAUACUGCUCAUUCCGCCUGCGGCGGGUGCCCUUCAUGUUGGGUACCGGUACCUGCAAUCCUACCUGGAAGCGGAGCGCAUCCGCAAGCUCGAAAACACUGAGGAUCCGCCAAAGGCUCCGAAUCAGGGUAUCUUUGGCAUCAAUGUCUACCGAGACAUAGCAAAGCACAAAGAGGAGCACGUAUUUCUUCAGAAAAACCUCGAACGCUACGAUGAACUCGGUGACACCUACACGUCUGACAUGUUCGGUCGCACAUACAUCGACACCCGUGACCCUGAGAAUAUCAAGGCCAUAUUGUCUACGCAGUUUGAACAGUUUUCUCUUGGAGAUUCCAGACUUGACGCUUUCUACCCCAUGCUGGGAGAAGGAAUAUUCACACAUGUAUACGGCGGUGGUUCCAAGGGGGAGCCAUGGAGACAUUCCCGUGCGGUGCUUCGACCCCAAUUUGCGAGACACCAAAUACAGGAUCUUGCAAAGCUAGAGGAGUUCGUUCAGAAUCUUAUCAGUAGAAUACCCAGAAACGAAACGUGCGAUCUCCAAGAGCUUUUCUUCCGACUUACUCUGGAUACCGCAACUGAUUUCCUGUUCGGCGAGAGUGUGAAUAGUCUCCUUCCUGAUAGUCCUCCAAAGGAGACGCAAUUUUACCAUGAUUUUACUCGGGGUACAGAAAUCUGCAUGUUGCGCACGCUGCUGGGAGAUCUGUAUUUCCUUCAGAAAGACAGCAGCGAAUUCAAGCGAGUUUCUGCUUUUGUUCAGGAGUAUAUCGACAGAUUUACACACAAAGCCUUGGAGCUCCACGCUGCUGGAAAGCCUACGUCAUAUGAUUCAAAUGGCAAAUAUGUCUUCCUUGAGGAAAUUUCCAAGAGCAUCAGAGACCCAGUCCGGCUGCGAUCAGAACUGCUCAACAUUCUCCUUGCUGGAAGAGACACCACGGCGAGUCUUCUCUCCGCUUGCUUUCACCAGCUUGCACGGCAUAAGGAUGUCUGGGAUGAAUUGAGAAAAGAGAUUAUGGACAAUGUCGGCGACAGGUUGCCUACCUACGAGGAUAUCAAGUCCUUGAGGUAUCUGCGAUACGUGCUUAAUGAAACACUCCGUUUAUUCCCAGUCGUCCCAUGGAAUGGGCGUGAAGCCGUUGUAACAACAACCCUGCCCCGCGGUGGUGGCCCGGAUGGAAAAAGCAAAAUUCUAGUAAAGAAGGGUACCUUCGUCCUCUACUCAACCUGGGGCCUCCAUCGCAGUAAAUUCUACGGCGAAGACACGAACGAGUUUAGGCCGAGCCGAUGGGAAACGAUACGGCCAGGGUGGAAUUAUAUCCCAUUCAACGGUGGGCCUAGAAUAUGCUUGGGCCAGCAAUACGCCUUAGUUGAAGCCUCAUAUGUGAUUACCAGGCUUCUCCAAGUUUUCAAGGAUAUUGAGAACCGAGAUCCCGUACUGCCUUUUGUCGAGCACACGACUCUUACACUCUCGAGCGAACACGGGGCCAAGGUUGCGCUCACACCAGCCUGACCCCAUGCAUAUCAAUGGACGACGUUGAGAAUGUGGUAUAUGUAUCGACACCGGGGAUUCACUUUGUAGGUCACGGUACGGUAUGGUUUGAAAUUUUGGGGAAUUUACUAAUUUGAAUUUUUCUAUAUUUUCGUUCAUCUAUCUUACGAGAGAGUGACAUAUGUACUGUACAUGUAUGGGUAAAACGUAUAUAGGACUGCCAAUCUAGCUCGAAUUACCUA